AUGACUAACCUUGCUAAACAGGAAUUUCUCCCUCUCCUCAUUUCUGGCCAAAAUUAUAUGGCAUGGGCUCGCGAUGUUAAAAUGCAUCCGGCAUCAAUGAGCUUGGGAAAUACCAUUGCCCGGGAUAAAAAUUCCCCGAGCCAAGAUCGUGCAAAGGCCAUGAUCUUUUUGUGCCAUCACAUUGAUGAGGCACUGAAAAUGCAGUAUGUCACGCUGGAAUCCCCGCUUGAAUUGUGGGAGAGAUUGAAAGAAAGAUACGAUCACUUGAGGCUGACAUUAUUGCCAAGGGCACGAAGUGAAUGGCAAAGCCUACGGUUUCAGGACUUUAAAACAGUCCAAGAAUAUAAUUCUGCAAUGUUCAAAAUAACAUCACAGCUGCUCCACUGUGGCGAAAAUAUAUCUGAAUCUGAUAUGAUGGAGAAAACUUUCUCCACUUUUCAUGCCUCUAACAUGGUUUUGCAGCAGCAGUAUCGCGAAAGAGGCUUCCAGAAAUAUUCUGAGCUGAUCACCUGUCUUUUGCUGGCCGAACAAAAUAACGAAUUGCUGUUGAAAAAUCACGAAUCUCGGCCGACAGGUGCAAAUCCAUUUCCAGAGGCAAAUGCAAUACAACCGGCAAAUCUGUUGCGUGGCCGUAGGGAAGUCAGAAAUCAAAGAAUUGAUCGUGAUCAAAAUUAG